UCAAAUGCCUAGCUGGACGUGGGACGCAAGACGUAAAACUGCCACGUUCAGUGUCGGACAGACGCUUUGAAUGAAUGUUUGAAUAUUGUAUGAUAGUGUUAUUUGUGAAUUUGACAAAUUGACGAAGCCAAACGUGACACCUAGCAUUGGUUUGAAGACACUUCUAACGAUAACUCGAAUAAGAUGACUGAUAUUAUUAAGCACAGGGAUUUAGGAAAUGAUUCGAACUUUAAGCCCUCAGCAAAUGCACAUUUAUCACCUCCAGUUGUUGUAACUACUAAUAUAUACAAUGAUGAAGUAGAUAGUAUUGAUUAUCGUUUCGAAGCAGCUAGACUUCAAAGUUUUGAAAAUUGGCCUGUACCAUUCAUUGAACCUGAAAAACUUGCAGCUGCAGGAUUCUAUUAUACAGGUGAUGAUGAUAAAGUGAAAUGUUUUGAAUGUCAGGUAGAAAUAGGUCAAUGGGUAGAAGGAGAUAUUCCCAUGGUUGAUCAUCAGAGAUGGUCUGCAAGAUGCAGAUUUAUUCGCAAAAUUAAUUGUGGCAAUGUACCAAUCGGAGUAGAUCCCAGUUCAGUUAUACCACCAAGACCUAGAAGUAGGGAUGUAUGUGGUCCCUAUGAUCUUGAAUAUCGACCUACAUCUGGUCCUGAUAAUCAUAAUUUUUCAACGGAAUUACAACUACCAAGUACAGCUAAACUUGGCUGCUUAGGUAUUGGAAGGACUAAGGGACCAGUGCAUCCUCAAUAUGUUAGUUAUGAUGCUAGAUUACGCACAUUUGCAUCAUGGCCAAAAUUUAUGGCACAAACAAAGGAACAACUAGCAAGUGCAGGCUUUUUUUAUACUGGGAGUGGUGAUCAAACUUUAUGUUAUCACUGUGGAGGUGGUUUAAAAGAUUGGGAACCAGAUAAUGAACCUUGGGAACAACAUGCAAGAUGGUUUUCUAAAUGUUGUUAUUUAUUAAUGGUUCAAGGGCAAGAUUAUGUAAAUAAAAUAACAGGCCAGCAUGUAUCUCCACCUUCUAAAGAAGAAACAAUGCAAAUGAAUUUACCUAGUUGUAUUAAAAAAGUACAACCUACAAACGUAGAAAAGAAGGAGGAAACGGGAAGCAAUUCAGAAUCAAAUUCUCAAGAAAAUGAUAUUUCGAAUAUUGCCAACAAUACAAAACCCAUAAAAGAAAGUGUAGACAAUGUAUCAAAUGUGAAAGCACAAAGUAGUAAAUCCAUGGAUGAUGCAAGGAUGUGUAAAAUUUGUUAUAAUGGAGAAUUAGGGGUGGUAUUUUUACCAUGUGGACAUAUGGUUGCGUGUGUAAGAUGUGCUCCUGGCAUGACAACUUGUGCAGUAUGCAGGGAACCUGUUACUAUGACUGUACGAGCCUUUUUCUCAUAGUAUUCCAACAAUCAUAGAUAAAAAUACGUUGCAUACAUAAGUGAUAGAUUUAUGAUGAUUCUGUACUUCGAAUUUUAUUUUUAAUUAUUUUUGCCAAACUGAUUCAAUAUAAACGGCUUAUUAUAUUCCAUCCAACGAGUCAAGUCAAUGCUAAUAAACAAAACAUGUAAAACAUGUGAUUUAGCUAUUGACGAAUUAAUACUAGUCAAUUGUUCAAUUGAUAACAGAAUAUCAAUUUAGCAAUUUAUAUCAGACUAAAAAAGCAUUAAUUAUUUAGGAUUUGCUUUGUAAUUUUAUUUAUUGCGUUAUUUAUAUUCAUUUUUGCUGUAUUCAUUAUCUUAAAGAUAUGAUAUAGCAACUAAAAUAAUAUUAUAAUGUAGCAUUAAAAUAAUCUUCAAAAAAGUGUAAUUAUAAAUUCAGUUUCAAUCGCCUAAAUCAUAUGUAUUUGUUUAUAAAUGACUGACUUAACCUGUUGGAUAAUUUGUACACGUAAAUAUGUCUUUCUCAACUAGCUACUUGAUUAAAAUCAUAUAAAUAUUAGACAACCAUAAACUAUCUUAUUUCAGAGAUUCCAGAUUAAAUAUUUAAUUUUACUUUCAAACAAUCUAAAUAAGGAAAAAAUUCAUAUGGUCGUAAUUAAAAUCUCUAACUUUUUCUAACUAUGGAUGUUAUGAACAUCAAUAUAUUAGUUUAUAAUGUACAAAUACGAGCAUCAAUAUAUUACUUUAUAAUGUACAAUACAUCGCCCAAUUCUCCAUAUCUAUAUUUAAAAAAUUCAUUCUUAACAUAUACGUAUAUUAGGAUUAAAAAAUAUGUAUCAUAUGCAUUUGUAAUAAGUAUUUGGUGUAAGGUUUAGAAAAUAAUAAAGCAAAGUAUAGUACAA